GUCAAAGUUCAACCCCUUACUGUCCUACACGGAAGUUAGCUGCCCAGCUUUCACAUCUGAUGAAAUAGACAACAUUGACCUUCCUGAUGGCUGUGUGAAUGUCAAGGUUGACCAUUGCUCGGAAGAAUUCUUUCACAGUAAUUAUAAAAAGUCCUACCCUAUGCAGAGGUUGCCGAGAGGUUAUGCCUUGAUUAUCAACGUAAAUGAAGUUGUCGGGAAGCCAGCUAGGACAGGCACUAACUUUGAUCGAGAUAAUUUAUGCAACCUUCUGUCGCAGCUACACUUCAAUAUCAUUGUCUAUAAUGAUAAAGAUGGACUCUCAGCUCAAGAGAUGGUAAUGAAGUUGAAGUCAUUUGCUAAACUGGAGCACCAUCACCAAGCAGAUGCCUGUUUUAUAUGUCUGUUGAGCCAUGGGGAGGAGGAGUACAUCUUCGGCACUGAUGGGAAAAGGAUCCCACUCAAUGAGAUCUUCAUGCUGUUUGACAACACUAACUGCAAGGGGCUCCUUGGCAAACCCAAAGUAUUCAUAAUCCAGGCAUGCCGAGGAG